AUGAAUGGAAAUAAAAAGAUUAUAAAUCAAAUCAUUAGGAAUGUUGUUCAACAAAACAGUAUACCCGAUGGUACAAUGCCAAGUGCAGAGGCAUCUUUUGCACUAAAUAAAUAUUUGGAUGAUCCAAAUACUGUAGAUUUAGAAAGAAUUAGAAAUGAAAGAUCAAAUUAUGAACAGGUGUUAUCAAGAAUAUUAAAAUUAAUAAAGAAUAAUAUAGCAAUACAUCCACCUUCAUGUCAGAUAUUACUAGAUUUGGAUAGUUUUUUCUUAUUACUUUCGCCUACUUGUGGUUUAUUGGUUCAAAAAACAAUUACAUAUAUAAGAGCACUCAUUGCUAACCAAGUUAAACAAAACCCAAGUUAUGAUCACAUAAAGAAAACUUUGGUUUUAAAUAAUAAUAAUAUAAAUAAUAAUAGUUUAAAUAAUAGUCAUGGUAUUGAGCAUAGCAGUGGUCAUAAAAAAACAAAUAGUGGAAGUAUUGGAUUUUUAAGGUAUAGAAGUCAUUCAGCGUCAAAUUCACAGGUUACCAAUAGAGAUGAUUUUUCAUUUCAACGUUCAUCAUUAGAUCUAAGUAAUAUGUUAGCAACAUCAAUAUCAUCAACUACAUCAUCCAAUUCAUCCUCAUCAUCAUCAUCACCAGUUUCACAAAAUGAAUCACCUUUAAAAAAUACCCUUUUAAGUAAUAGUCAAAAUAAUAAUCAAAAUCAUAUUAAUAAUCAAAAUCAAAAUCAAAAUCAAAAUCAUUUAUCUCCGACUUUAUCGUCACAUCUUAAUAAUAAUAAUAAUAAUAAUAAUAAUAAUAAUAAUAAUAAUAAUAAUAGUAAUAGCAAUAGUAAUAGUAAUAAUAAUAAUAAUAAUAACAAUAACAAUAAUAAUAGUAAUAUAUCUGCGUCCAUUAAUAGUAAUAAUAGUAAUAAUGAAACAUUAGUAUCAUCUGUAAUAUCAUCAAAAAAUAAUAAUCAUGUAUCAAAUAUAAAUAGCAAUAGUAGUAAUAAUAAUAAUAAUAAUAAUAAUAAUAAUAAUAAUAAUAAUAAUAAUAUUGAACAACAACAAAAUUCUAUAUUAACUGGGUCAAAUUUAAGUAUUGUUGGACAUCAGAAUAAUAAUGGAUUAAGUAAUAGUUCAAAUCAGCUUGGAGGAUCAAAUAGUAAUAUAUUAAAAGAAAGUACAAGUUCAGUUUCAAGUAGUGGUUCACCUAACUUUUUAGUUGAUGGCUUUAUAAGAGAUUUAAUGUCUAUUAAAGCUUCUUCAAAAUCUCAAAUUAAAGCACAAAGUUUAUUAACAUAUUCACCAUUUGGUGGACUAAAUAGUCAAAAUGAGAAUAGUCCAAAAGCAGUUAAUAAGGAUAUAUUUAAAUGUCCAGAUGAUUCACAAAAUCAUUCAAGAAUAAAUAUAGUUAGAGAAUCUAAAAAGAAAGCGGAAAAGAAAGAUCAAACCAUUUAUACAUUUCGAAGAAGAAAACCAGCAUUAUUUCAAUAUAAAUACUAUAAGGAUCAAGAGCCAUUGAAAAUCACUGAACAAGAGAUAACUCAAGUGGUUAGAGUUAUCAUUAAUCCUGCAACACCACAAGAUAGAUCAAUUGCAACCAAAAUAUUUAUAAAGAUCAUUUUGGAUAUUUAUUGUCGUGACGGUUUAGUCGUUCAAAGUUCAGAGAAAUUGAUUUCAAAUUACUUUCAUCAAUUCAUUUCAAGUGUAAAUAGAGAUACUCGUGCUCAUACUUUUAAUAUUUUAUUCAAUUUAUCAAUUCAUAUUAAUCUAUAUUCAGAAUUAAGAUUAGAAGAUCAUCAACAACAACAACAACACCACCACCACCACUCAAAUAGUCAACAACAUAAUAAUAAUUUAUCAAUGAUACAAGAAUUACACGAGUCAAUAUUUAGAAUAGUAAUUGAAAUGAUUCAAUAUUUAGUUGAUAAUAAAGAAAAAGAUGAAAGAACUUGGUCAGAAUCAUUAAGUUGUGUAUUGUUUUUUAUAACAGAAGAAGGUGUAGUUCUAAAGGAUAAAUUGUUCCAAUUGAAUUCUCAAAUGAUUGCAGCUUUCUUAUCAAAUAUUCAAGAUCUAAUGAGUGAUAGCGUUAGAAGAGUAUUAAUUAGAAUGUUGGCUACUUUUCUUUACAAAGACCCAAUGGGUAAUCAUAUAAACAAUCAAAAUAAUCUAUUGUUUUUAAAUGAAGAAGAAUUUAAUGCAGUUGGUGGUAUUCAAUUCAUACUACAGUUAUAUACUACCGUUAGAUCAAGCGAAGCAAAGAAUAACCUAUUUGUAAUUAUAUUUGAUUAUGUCCUUCAUACAGCUUUAAAGACUCAAACCAUUGUUGAAGCUCAAAUUGUAAAUGAAUCACCAUUGCUAUUAGAACUCUUUAGAAGAUCUGAUGCCUCUCAUUAUUUCACUCAAAUUUUCAAAUGUAUACCAGAACAUGGUUUUAUUUCAAAGUUUUUUCUCUACACUUCUGAAGAGGCUAAACAUGAUUCCUCCUAUAGUUACGAAGAUUUAAUCAUAAAGUUCACAAUGAAACUUGAAGAAUUUGCAACUCGUUAUCAAAGUGUUGAUUCAAAUUUCGAAAGAUUAAUAAUCGAUUGUCAAGAGAUACCAGAGAAAUAUCAACAAAUUCUCACUGAUUCCUUAUCAAAUGAAGAUGAUGAACAAUCAUUAUUCAACGCUGAAAAUUGGUUAUUCUUACUCUUAAAGAGAGUUUUAAUUGAUAAAGAUGAAAAUUAUUCACAUUUUAAUUUCUCCAUUAAUAUUUACUUUCAAUUGGCUUCAAAUUUAAGUACAAGAUUAAGAAGAAUUUAUAUUUCAAUAACUGAAAGAUUAUUAUUAUUAUCAAAAUUUAGAUUGUCAAUAAAUGAAACUAAAACAAGUGAAAUAUUUGAUAUGUUUAAUGAAAGAUUUACAAGAUUAAUUUCUCAAGGUGAAAAAUCAGAAAACAAUCUUAUGUAUAUAGUUGAUAUUUUAUUUGAUAUGAUUUACAAGAGAGCAGGUACAGGUUUAUUAAGAUCGAAAGAGUCGGUACCAGAUACAAAUUAUUCAUUGUUUUUAACGAAUCAAUUCGUGGUAUCCCUAUCACUUUUGAAAUUAUUUAAUAUCAAUAUCAUUCAGUAUCUAUUCAACAAUAUUCAACACAGUGAAAAUACUAAAGAGCAAAGACUAUUCUUGUUACACAUUCUAAUUCAACGUUGUAAAGAUAGUGAAGAUUUAUUAAAAGUUGGUGGUAUUGGAUUUUUUAAGAAUCUAUUAUCGGAUCUUUCAACUCCAAUCGCUUACCAUUCAAGUUACUUUUUAUUGACCCAAUUGGAAAAUGAUUCACCCGAACAAUAUCGUUCUAUCUUGACUCGUUUACUUCAAAAAGCAAGAGAUAACAAUAAUGAAAAUUUACUUUCAAAUCCAUUUUUCCAAGUUCAAGGUAUUGUUGAAAUGUCACUUCAACAACCAAUUCAAAAUAAAAAUUAA